AGCUGCCAUCAACAAGUUGUGCUAUAAAGACGCACUAUACUAGCCCAAGCAUUACCAUAUUUCUAAUAGCAAAUAUUCUUUCUAUUUUCUAUAUGUUUUCAUUUUCUGAAGGAAAUCUUUGCAAAAGGCACUCACCUAUUAAUGUGCUAGAAGAAGAAUAUUUUUCUUUUUGCUGCCCUGAGAAACCACAGCAUGAAGGACAAGUUAUCUAUUGGUAUAAAGAAAAAAAAGGAGAAGAAAUGCUAAUUCAUGGAGACAGCAGAAUUGAUUUGAAUGGGUCUAAUUUGCGAUUUUGGCCAAUUUUACUGAAUGAUACUGGAAUCUAUCAAUGCUGUCUCAAAAAUGGAACCUGGAAGAGAUCCUGCAAGGAAUGGUCCUUAAAUGUCAUCAAGAGAAAUAAAAACAAUUGUUUCACUGAAGAGCAUUUGAUUACUGGAAGAGAUGGAAUAAUUGGGACAGGCUAUUCUUUCACAUGCAGUGAUACAAAUGAUAGUACAAUUGUUAUCAACAUAACGUGGUAUAAGGACUGCAUAGAGAAUAUUAAUAAGAGAGGUGAAGAAGAAUGGCACAUUGAUCAGUUAACAGAAAAGGAUGGUGGAAAAUAUACAUGUGUAAAAACAAUUCUUCAUGCAGGAAAGAAAUAUAACAGCACAAGUACCAUCAAUUUAAAUGUUAAAGGUAAAGAGGAAAUACUCAAUUGCACAGCGUUUUUAGGUUAUUCGAACUUUGUUGAAGUCCAGUAUGACCUUUAUUGGAUCGUGCAUGAUGAUAUUAUAGAAAUAUGUCAGAAUAAUAGUUCCCCGUGUCAAAAGGAGGAAUGCAAAUAUAAUGAAAAUGGGAAAAAAUAUGUUAUGAGACAACUUUGGUUUAAACGUGUGAAAGAAGAGAACAUCAAUUGUUCAUACAAAUGCAUCUUUUCUGAAAAUGGUUUUGAAAAGCAAACAUUUAUAUUGCAAAAAGAAUGUAAUCCAGAUUUACCAGUUCAUGCUUUUACUGCUGGAAUGAUAAUGGCCAUAAUAUUUUCCUUUAUUGCUGUAAUGAUGGUGAUUCUCUGUGUAAUAUUCAAGAUUGAGCUUAUUUUAUUGUUCAGAGAUAUAACAGGAAAAGAUGAAACACUGGGAGAUGGAAAACUGUAUGAUGCUUUUGUGUCUUACCUGAAAGACUGUACACCAAUAUGUGGUGAAGAGAGAAAAUUUGCUCUGGAGAUACUACCUAAAACAUUAGAAGAUCAUUUUGGAUAUAAGUUAUGCAUUUUUGAACGAGAUAUUUCUCCUGGAGGAGCUAUUAUUGAUGACAUCCAAUCAUCCAUUGAUAGAAGUCGAAGAUUAAUUAUUAUUCUGACCCGAAACUAUGUCUCCAACCAAGUCAUGUUCGAGCUAGAAGUUGGACUGCAUAAAGCCUUGGUUGAAAGAAAGAUCAAAGUCAUAUUAAUAGAAUACAUGCCAAAAAACUAUUUUGAUUUCUUGCCCAAGUCUUUGGAACUUCUUUCUUCCAGUCAAGUGGUGAAAUGGAAAAAAGAAAAAUCACUGCCUUUAAAGUCUAAAUUUUGGAAAAAGCUUCGCUAUGCCAUGCCUGCCAAGCCAACUAUUUCAGCUGCUUGUGAAGGGGUAACAUUGCAGGACAAAAGAAAAAGAACAAGUACUUUUGGUAUCACUUCUGAGCCAUCACUUGCCUGCUACUAGGUCUUCAUCACUGUUGCUUGAGAUGGCUAAGUGCUGGAAGCAAAACUUGAAAUAUAAGAAAGUGUCCACAGAUACUUGGGAGCAGCAGAAUUGAGGCUUCAGGCUUCAGGUUGUCCCACCUGUGUCAUUAGGCUUAGUUUCAGUAAUAUCUUUAUAUAUUGUUUUAUUCACUAUGUAUAUUCCAUAUUGUUGUCUGUUUUUUUUACAAAGUAUGUCAAAAUCUCAGACUUCUGCCUUACAGAUUUAUUUGCAAGGGGGGGUCCAAUGUCAACAUGUUAACAACAAUUGUGUUUUCUUUGUAUUUUAUUGCUGUUUGAACCUAAAUGCAGCACAUGCUGACAAAGAAUAAGAAGCCAAGAGAGACAAUUAGAACUAGAAUGAUGCAGAAAAUGCAAGCAUUUGUUGAAAGAUGGUUGACUUACCGUUUACAUUAUCCCCAAUUAAUAACAAUA